GACGGCGUUCGUGGAGGUGGUGCUCUUCGAGUCCAGCCCCAGCGGCGACUACACCACCUACACCACGGGGCUGCAGGGCCGCUUCUCCCGCGCGGGCGCCACGCUGAGCGCCGAGGGCGAGAUCGUGCAGAUGCAUCCACUUGGACUGUGUAAUAGCAACGAUGAAGAAGACCUAUAUGAAUAUGGCUGGGUAGGAGUGGUGAAGCUGGAGCAGCCAGAGUUGGAACCUAAACCAUGCCUCACUGUAUUGGGAAAAGCAAAACGAGCAGUGCAGCGAGGAGCCACAGCAGUCAUCUUUGAUGUUUCUGAAAACCCAGAUGCCAUUGAUCAGCUGAACCAGGGCUCAGAAGACCCCCUGAAGAGACCAGUGGUGUAUGUGAAAGGUGCUGAUGCUGUUAAGCUAAUGAACAUAGUUAACAAGCAGAAAGUGGCACGAGCAAGGAUUCAGCAUCGCGCCCCACGGCAACCCACAGAGUACUUUGAUAUGGGAAUUUUCCUGGCCUUUUUUGUGGUUGUCUCUCUUGUUUGCCUCAUUCUUCUUGUCAAGAUCAAACUGAAACAGCGUCGUAGUCAGAGUUCUAUGAACAGGCUUGCAGUGCAAGCACUGGAAAAAAUGGAAACCAGGAAGUUUAAGUCCAAAAUUAAGGGACACCAGGAAGGUAGCUGUGGAGCACUGGACACACUCAGUAGCAGUUCUACCUCUGACUGUGCUAUCUGCUUGGAGAAGUACAUUGAUGGAGAGGAGCUGCGUGUCAUUCCUUGCACUCACCGAUUUCACAAGAAAUGUGUGGAUCCAUGGCUACUGCAGCAUCAUACUUGCCCUCACUGCCGCCAUAACAUUAUAGAACAGAAGAAGGGAAGUGCAGGUCCAGUCUGUCUGGAACCCACCAACACAGCACGUAGCCGACAGCAGAGGGUGAUUCUACCUGUACACUACCCAGGCCGAGUGCACAGAGCAAACCAGAUUACAGCAUAUCCCACCCGGACAAGUAUGGACCCACGUGGAAACCCUAUCACGGUACUUACAGUUGACCAGCAUGGUGAACAAAGCCUCUACCCAGCCCAGUCCUCAGCCUAUGUCCGAAGUUAUCAGCCAAUUCAUUUGGACCAUGCUUUAAACACGCAUCACUGUAGCCUGGAACAUAGGACUUACUCUCCAGCUCAUACCUUCCGAAGACCCAAAUUCAGUGGACACAACUUUUCCAAAGCAGCAUGCUUUUCCCAGUACGAGACCAUGUAUCAGCACUACUACUUCCAAGGCCUUAGUUACCCUGAGCAAGAUGGACAGCCUCCAGCUGGCAUUUCCUCAAAGGGUCUUUCCCGUGCCUUCCAGCCUGGUAGCAGCAUGCUUUUCCCUCCUGUGGUACAUGUAGUGCCCUCAUCCCAUUUGGAGAGUGGCAGUACCUCCAGCUUUAGCUGCUAUCAUGGUCAUCGUUCAGUGUGCAGUGGAUAUUUGGCUGACUGUCCUGGGAGUGACAGCAGCAGCAGCAGUUCUGGUCAGUGCCACUGCUCCUCUAGUGAUUCCAUGAUUGACUGCACUGAGGUCAGCAACCAGGGGGUUUAUGGGAGCUGUUCCACCUUUCGUAGCUCCUUGAGCAGUGACUAUGACCCUUACAUUUACCGCAGUAAGAGCCCUUGCCGAGUCGGUGAGGUUGGUGGUGCAAACAGGGGUGCAAUUGUUCUCUUGGAGGGCCCCUGUCAGGACGAGCUUCCAGCUCAUGGUCACAGUCUGGUGAGUGCUGAUUGCCGGCCUGUGCCAGCUUCUUCCUCAGGGGACCAACUGUCUAAUUGCAGCAUGGAUAUGAACUAUAGCAGUAAUUCCUCACUAGAGCACAGGGAUCCAAAUGGGACUACCUCAGAGGGAGGACCUGAGGCCACUCCUGGUGCUGCCUUGGAUAUUAAAAGGAACUGGAAGAAUCCAGAGUUAGCAGAGCCACUUAUGGAGCAAGCAUGUUCCUGCUGCUUUGAACUCCAGCACUCUGCCCUGGAGCCUAGCAAUGGGGCAGCUGACCAUAGUGCACUCUUCCUUAGCUCUCCGCUGUGGGGGGCAUGUGGCCCAGGGAUGGAGCCACAGUCAGGGAGCACACAGGGCUUGUACAGUAUUAACUCAGACCACUUGCAUAGGACAGAUGGGGUAAAAUACGAGGGGUUGCCCUGCUGCUUCUAUGAAGAGAAGCAGGUAGCCUGUAGUAGCAACCAUGGCAGUAGAGGUGGUGGCUGCUAUACAGAAGACUAUGCAGUGAAUGUAAAGUACACACUUCCUGAUGACACUCUGCCAAGUUGCUGUAAAGGUGUAUGUGAUCUGGGUCAGCGCAUUCCCAUCAUUCCUGAAGACAGAGACUGUGAGCUGAUCCUACCUGCAAAGUGCCAAGGGACCUACACAGGAGGCUGUAGUUCCUGGGAUGGGACACCUGAGAUAGAUACUUACCUGCAUUGCCAAGGUUUAGCAGAGGUACAGGAUGAAAGGGAUGUAUGUUAUGAGGCAUCAUCUUUCCUGCGGCAGAAUUUCUCUCAGGAGGAGGAAGCCAGAAUGAUCUUUCAUAGUCCUACUUUGAACUCUCAGAAGCUGAUGGUGACCACAACGGCCACAGGUGCUGAAUCUCAUCCUUUGGAGAGAAGCCAAAUCAGUGACUAGAUCUGUCCAGACUGCCACAGGUGGAGAAGUGGAGCUUAUCAGAGACUCCAAAUUCUCUUGGACUUCAAAAUCAUUUAAGCUUUGACAAACACAAAAGUGGUAAUGUGGAGAAGUCCCUCCCCCACUUUCUGUUCCUCUGCAUCCAUAUCAGCCUGAGUGUCUCCUUUCUCUCUUUUGCCUGAAGCUUUCAGGCCUGCAUUGGUGUGCAAAGCCUGUGUGGGGCAUGGUGUAGAGCAUCUCUGAGCUCUAAUGCCAUAUCUAUAUUAAUGACAAAGUGUUAUUUAUAUCUUCUUUUUAGAAGUGACCGUGUUAGCGCUUGCUGAGAGGUAACAUGGUGUAUUAAAUAAGCCAGGCUAUGUGUAGAUGCUGUUAUCUCCUACUUAAAGGAGUCCAGCCUUUGAUAAGCUCAGGGCUACACCUGCCUUAGAAACCAGAUAGCACCUUGAAUUAAAGUAGUCUAGAGGGGUACAGCUGCUGAACAGAUGCUCAGAUACUGACUCUUCCUAGUAGCAAAUCCUAGUAGCCAGUAAGUUAUAUGAGACAGUUGGAGGGAGAUGAAGCAUUGGACUGUAUCCUUCCUUCCCCACCUCCACCAACCUUCUUUCGUGCUGCUCUGAUGAUUUAGCUAGGGAGGGUCUCCUGCCAUUAUGAUUAAUUUUAAGAGUGGGGAUAGGGAAACUGGUAGCUCACCAUUUUCAUUCCCACUUCCUGCUAAAGCAUGGACCUCUGUACCUUCUGACUGGUGAAGAAUGCUGGGGACCCAUCAAAGGGGUAUUGGAAGGAAAUGCUUAGAAAGGGUAAUAGCUUUGUACAUAAUGAAUCUUGCCUUCCAAAGGCAGCUUUUUCAGGCGUUCAGAGCCCUUGUUAUGGUUGCUCCCUGGUGAGAAAUGCUGGCAUAUGCAGGAAAGCAGAGCUUGCAGGGGGCCUCUAGCUUGCCUGGAUCUUUUUGGCAAUAGAGCAGAUGGUGUCUUGUUUCCCCAUAGACUGCAAGCAUGCCUAAUGAAACCAGUGCUUUUCACCUGUUGUGCAUGUGGGAAAGUGAGGACUUGCUUUAGUCAUUGUUUCCUUCUUUGCUGUGGUUGAUAUAGCUUCCAUAGAUCAAUCUGUUCUAAAGGUUUCUUGGGCCCAGCCAGUUGUGCUUCAUUGUGACUUUGUAUACAGAAUGCUUUCUGUACCCCAUUAGUCUGGGCGCAGACUUUUCUUGUUCUUGUACUAGUGGGGAUGUUUGUUAUCAUGAGAUAAUGAAUAUCUCACUUCUGAUAGCAAUUGUUUCCUGUGGAAACAGCAGCUUCUGAGUAAGAGGCUACCAUAGCAUGGUUUAAAUUGCCUGUCAUGCUGCAUGUGCCUGAGGACACAGUAUCAUCCUGUCUGGUGUAUUCACAGCAGGAAUUCUCCUAAAGGGAAACUAAUUAGUUAAUACCCACCGUGUCAAUCUUAUGAAAAGAUUUUUCCAAAGUUCAGUACACUUUGAAGAUAUUUAAAAGAUAUUAAGGAGAGAUGUAUACUCCCCGUUACAUUUUCUACCAAAACACAGUCCUUGAUAGCACUGGACUAAUUGUGAGAAGCAGAAAAGUUAUCGUUUGCUUUAUAGUUCCAAAAGAAAUUCUUCAAAAGAAGGAAGCACCUAAGAAAUAACAUAAACUGUUUGCUUUGAGUAAUCAAUAGCUAAGAGAAAAAUAAAACUCUUUAAAGAAACCCACAUUGGAACUCUAACUACCACGUCAGCUGUUCUGAGAAUUAAUGCAAGAUAAAAUAAAAAUUACAAUAAACACAUUUUCUGUGUAUAAACAUAAAGCUAUUCAUUCACUUAAUGAUUAUAGUGAGUGGUAUGUUUCGGGGAAUAAACUCUAAAGAUUUUUUUUUGGUAGUCUUGCCUUACUGCUCCCUCCUCUCAAAAGAAAUGCAUUUUAGAAGCUGUGGUAUAUUACUGUUGUUUUCCUAUUUGGUGUAUUGUGAGGCACUGUCCAAGGCCACUAAGAUGCAUUGUACUCUGUAACUACACAGCAUGUUGUGGUAAAAUGCAGUUGUAAAAAAGCUAUUUUGAAUGUUCUGGCUUAUGAUUUUCCUGAGCAUACUGGUCUCAUUCACAUGUCGUGGAAAUUUCUGCCAGUACAAUAAUGUCUACAGGCCUUACUAUAAAGAUAUCCUACACCUGUUUUGGUUUUAUAUUCAACAUUUAGUUAAUUCUCUGCUACCUAUAUGUCCAUACAGACUUAUAUGGACAUAUAAUAGAUGGCCAUGAUAGAUGUUUUUAUAACAAAACGCCUUUCUAUAACUUACAUGAACCGUUGUCAUUGUGUUUGGCUCAAGAGGCACUAUUUAAAAUGUUUUUAAUUAAAGUUAUCUUAUAGCACUUAAAAUUGUUUUGUAUAAAAUUUGCUGUAAAAUUUGUAAUAUGGUCAAAGGGCUUUCUCCUUCAUUACCAUUUUUUAAAAUGUUUUAAAAGCUAGAAAACAUCUUGUAUAUAUUCUGUAUAUGUAUAACAGCACAUUUCACUUAUGGAAAUAUGUUCUCAGAAUAUUUAUUUACUAAUAUAUUUAUCUUAAGCCAUGUCCUAUGUUGAGUGUGUGACAUUAUUGUAAUAAUCAUUGAAAAUCACUAACAUGAGGCCCUGUAAAUACAUGAUAAUUGCACACAAAGAUUUUACAGUACUUGCCGACCAAAAAUUAUCUAAGAAAAAUUGUAGUUAUCUGCAGUUUUGUAAGAAAGUGUACAAAUGUCUGUAUAAAAAAAGCAAAA